AGCUGAAUCUUGGGUGUGAGCUGGGAGCAUGUCUGCAAAAGAUUCUACAUGAAGGAUUUAAUUUUUGGGGUGCUUUCCUCUUGGCUUAUAUGUAGUACUUAGUUCCUCCUCUAAACUGUGAAUCCAUUAAAUUAUCCUAAUUUGUUAAAGGCUUGUGUAUAUCCAUAAGACUUUUGUUGUGGUAUCCUGGGGAUGAAAGAGAGAAGGACACCCUUCUCCUCUAGCCUCCAGUAGAGAGCUGCUCUCAGGAGCUGCUAGGGGCACUUGAGCAGAAUGAAUGUGGAGGCAUGAUAGACUUAGUCAAGAACAGGGAAGUGCAGAGAACACAGGAGAGCAACUUCUAAAGGAACAUAAUCUAAACUUCAACUUCCCACUGCACUAGAGGACUCUGACUUUUGGAAGUGGGGAGUCUGACAAGGUCUCUGUUCUCAGCUAGUUGUGUGAUAGGAUGUAUGAGAAGUUACCACCGUGCUUGCAUUUCAUUUUAAGUGGUUUUAAGGAAGAGACGGACAGGAUUCUUUGACAAGAACAGAAGAUCUCAGCAUGACUUCAGAGAUCACUUAUGCUGAAGUGAAGUUUAAUAAACCCAAGUCCUCAGGCACCAAAUCAGAGCCUCCUGCAGCUCCCAAAGAGAACAACCUUCACCAAAGUGGCCAUAGUUUUUCCAAGCUACUUCUUACCUCAUUGCUGAUACUUCUGCUACUAUUGGCAAUCUCAUUUUUCAUCGCUUUUAUUUUUUUUUUUCAAAAAUGUUCUUAUGUUCAUAAAGAAGAAAAGGCUACAAGAGAACUCACUCACACACAAUUGGAAUGUGUGAAAGAAAAUUCGACCCUAGAAGGGAAAGACUGGAGCUGCUGCCCAAAGAAUUGGGAGCCAUAUAGUUCUAACUGCUACUUUAUUUCUAAUGGAUUUAAUAUUUGGAAUGAUAGUGAGAAGAAAUGCUUGAGAAUGAAUGCUCACCUGCUGGUGAUCAACACCAAAGCUGAGCAGGAUUUCAUCACCCAGAAACUGAGAAUUAAUUUUGCUUAUUAUGUGGGCCUGUCAGACUGGACAUCGGCAAUGGGAAAAAGACACUGGCAAUGGGUUGAUCAGACACUAUACAAUGAAAGUGCCACAUUCUGGCAUCAAGGUGAACCCAACAAUCCUAAUGAGCAUUGUGUUAUGCUAAACGCUGUUUCAAGAAAAUGGGGCUGGAAUGAUAGUCCUUGUAAUGAGGUUCACAAGUUUAUUUGCAAGAUGAUGAAGAUCUACUUAUAAAAUGGAACAUUCUCCAUGACCAUGAGGUUGAAUCGGUAUCCUACAUCAUAGAAAUAGCUAAUAUGUUCUUGUUAUUCAUAUGUCUUGUUUUAAGGAUCUUAAUAGAAUUUUCCAGAAGGUUGUGCACAUAUUCAUUCAUUUAUUCAUUCACAAAAUUUAAGGGGAGCAAAAUUUGCCACUCCCAAAUGUCUUUUUGGCAUGUGCAUUAUUUCAAGCUGAAAAUAUUAGUCAGUGCUAGAACUUUACUUUCCAUCUUUUUGUAAAUGUCAUUCAUAGCCUAUUUUCUCUCAUCUUCCUUUGAGCACCAGUAAUUAUUUGUGUGUUAUAGAUUUUAUGUAAGAUUUGUGUCUAAAGAGUGAGAUUAUGAAGAAGUAUUCAGCUGUGUACCAAUUAACAGACAGAAUUGUGAAAAUAAUAAAACAGCUGUUUUAAACCACUAA